AGUAAGCAGGAUAGAUUAAUUAUUCACCCGGUUUGCAAAUUUGUUUCGUUUCGUUUUUCUACGAGACCGAUCUCUCAUUCCUGUUCCUGUCAUCGUUAUUCAUUCUCGUUGAUUUCGUUCCGUAUUAAAAAGUUUUCCUGUAGAUUGUGAAGCCGUUGACUGUCUUUUUAGAAUAAAGUUUUGCAUGGAGGCGGGGGAAUUAAUUGAAAUAUUACGAAAGUUCGUCUUUAUCUAGUUUUCUAUUUACUACGAUUAUUUUCAAAGCCAGCUCUUCGUACUAAGCAUUUCAACGUCUAUGCCAUAUGUAAUAACUAAUGGAAAAUACUUCUCCAAGAAAUAUAUAAACAUUCAUCAAAUACCAGAUGUAUAAAAGCUUUUAAGCGAAAUCUAGAUUUCAGUCCAAAUUAGAAUCUUGAGUUAUGGAAACAUUUUCAACACUCCAUUAGAGUAGAUAGCUAUGAUUUUUAUAAAAAAAUAUAAAUAAUAUACAUAGAGUUUGGAUUCAUCUUGAUAUAAAUCUUUGUGUUAAUAGAACGGUUAAAAGAAAAUACUUCAGUCAAUACUGAAACGCCAAAUUAUUAAUUCAUAAUAUAAUUGUGUACUCAGACAUGAUUGAUACUUAAAACAGCAAGUACUGUAUUAUUUAGCACAUACAAGGCCAUGAUAAAAUUACUAUUCUAAUAUUUCGGCAAUCGAUUUUUAACGAAGUUGGUUAAAGUUAUUAAAAUUGCAUAGAUAAUUUGACAGUGCUGGCAAUUUUUGUCUCUGUGAUCGCAACAACUGACAGUAUCAGUGUGGCAAAAUAAAGUAAACCAAUUUGAAGUUAAAAUAAGUAAACAAAUGUAUAUGAUGGACGAGUCUCAACCAAAAACGUUGUAUGUUGGCAACUUAGACGGUUCAGUUUCAGAAGAUUUACUUAUCGCAUUAUUCAGUCAAAUGGGUCCCGUCAAAAACUGCAAAAUCAUAAGAGAACCCGGCAAUGAUCCAUAUGCAUUCAUUGAAUACUCAACUUAUCAGGCGGCAACUACUGCACUAACUGCAAUGAAUAAACGUUUAUUUCUUGAUAAAGAAAUAAAGGUGAAUUGGGCUACUAGUCCUGGGAACCAGCCAAAAACAGAUAUUAGCUCACAUCAUCAUAUAUUUGUUGGUGAUCUCAGUCCAGAAAUCGAAACAGAGACAUUACGUGAAGCUUUUGCGCCUUUUGGUGAAAUAUCGAAUUGCCGAAUCGUAAGAGAUCCCCAAACCAUGAAGUCGAAAGGGUACGCUUUUGUUUCAUUUGUAAAGAAAGCAGAGGCGGAAAAUGCGAUACAAGCGAUGAAUGGUCAAUGGAUCGGCUCGCGGUCGAUUCGAACAAAUUGGUCAACACGAAAAUUGGCCCCACCCCGUGAAUCUACCAAAUCUGGUAGUGGAAUGGGCAUGAAAGGAAAUGUACGACAUACCUUUGAGGAGGUAUACAAUCAAUCAAGUCCAACCAAUACCACCGUUUAUUGUGGAGGUUUUCCUCCGAAUGUAAUUAGUGACGAAGUUAUGCACAAGCAUUUCAUUCAGUUCGGACCUAUACAAGAUGUACGCGUUUUCAAAGAUAAAGGCUACGCUUUUAUUAAGUUUGUUACAAAAGAAUCAGCCGCACGCGCAAUUGAGCACACUCACAAUUCGGAAGUGCACGGUAAUCAAGUCAAAUGCUUUUGGGGGAAGGAAAAUGGUGGCGAACACUCGAUGAACAAUGUGGCGGCAGCGUCCGCGGGCGUAGCAGCUGCCGCAGCAGCUGCGGCCGCUGCCGCCGGCACUAUCAUAUCGCCUGGAGUACCGACCACACCACAACAAGCAGCAGCGGCCGCUGUCGUAGCUAACGCUGCUGCGGCUGGAGCAGGAAUCCCUGCACAAAUGAUGACUCAACAGCAGCUAGCUGCCGCUGCCCAGUAUCCAUAUGCAGCAGCCUACCAACAAAUGGGUUAUUGGUACCCACCUACAUUGUUUACACCGUUACAGGGCUAUCCGGCCGCUCAAAUGCAAACGCAAUAUAUGCAACAAGGAUACUAUCCAUAUGCCUAUGCUAGUGCUCAACAAGCCGGAGCUGCGGGCUACCGCAUGGUACAACCGAAUGUGGCAUGGGGUGUACCAGGCACAGUUGUGCCGAGCGUAACGGCAGCGGCUGCCACAGCUGCAGCUGCAGCAAAUGGCUCAUUGGCUCCGCAAAUGAUGUAUAGCGCUGCCAUGCCUCAGUACCAGGGCCAAUGAACCUGAUAUGCCCGUCAUAGUUGUUGCAGUAAGUGGGUGAUACGGAAGAUUAAUAUAUUAAAAGGCAUCAAAAGCAAAACACCAAACGAAUAAAAUAAACCGAAAACAAAUACAAAUAUAAUGAGAGCUCAAGUUGUGAAUUAGAGUACCUAACUACUUAUCUUCCCACUUGGUGCUGUAUUCAUGGUCAGCAGUAUUGUCAUAAAACCGCAACAUAUAAUGCUACCUACCAGCAACAACUGUAAAUUCGUAAAGCAACUAACGUGACGCUAAACUCUAUACAGGAUCAUAGCCAUUUUUGUCUUUAAUAUUGGAUUGACUGCGAAAAAAUUAAACACAACUAAAAUGAAUAGGAUUAAAUAGGAAUGUAAAGAUGACACACGGGGAAAACUUCUGCAGCAGAAAUGUUAAGUAUUGGAAGCAGGGCAUUGUUCUUGCUGUCGUGCAAAAUAAAUAAGUUUCUUAUAACGAAAAAAAAAACCAUCAACAUACAACGUAAAAUUCAAAGCUUGUAAUAUUCGCUAUAAUCUCGAAACAUAAAAGAAAAAACACAAACAAAGAUGAUAAAGAGAAGUUAGAAAUUAGGUCGUUGUUAAAUAGAUUAUAUUUAAAAUAAAGAGAACUUAAUUAUAUAAUGCGAUCGAAGAUAACUACGAAGAGUUACAGGAUAUUUCAAAUACAAAAACACCCACACUUUGCUAUUAACUUAACAUUUGUAAGCAAUUUACUUAAUAUAGCGAGAGAAUUUUUUUACUUUUCAAUAGAUUAACACAGCUUCAGAGGACAAAACACAUUACUUCAAAAUGUGGCAAGAACUCCAUCAAUCAGGACAUCAACAACAAAAUAUUGUAAGAAACUACUGCAAGUGGAACUUGACGGGCGGGUAGAGUAAAUGAUCUAAUCCAUUCUACAUUUAAAGUAACAAGUUAGGAUAUUUAAUUUAAUGGAGGAAAGUAAAAAAAAAAAAAAAACGGUGUGACAAGCUUUACAGUAAGUACGAUUGCUACACACACCAUUUUUGCGAGUUUGUAGUGAUCCGCAAGAAA